AUGCCAGCAGUGUUCACCGGAAUGAUGCAAGGCGAGGAGCUCUCUCAGGCAUACGCCAGCGGCGACGUUUUCAUCAUGCCAUCAGAGUCUGAAACGCUCGGCCAAGUGGUCCUUGAGUCCAUGUCAUCGGGAGUCCCCGUCAUCGCAGCCUGUGCUGGUGGGAUCCCAGACAUAAUCCCGGAAGAUCAGGACGGCAAGACCAGCUUCCUCUUCACCCCGGGCGACCUGGACGACUGCGUGGGCAAAGUCCAGCUGCUGCUGACGAACAGGGAGUUCAGAGACAACAUGGCGCGGACGGCCAGGUCCGAGAUGGAGAAAUGCGACUGGCGGGCGGCGUCGAAGACGAUCCGCAACGAGUUCUACGAUGCCGCCAUCUGGUACUGGCGGAAGAAGCGUGCGGAUAUGGUGCAGCCGCUGCAGUGGCUGGCGCAGAUGUUCCUACCGGGGCUGGAGGUCCGCCGCAUCACACAGUGCUGA